UUCAAGUUUAUCUAUGAAACCAGGCUGGGUGAAGACACAACGCGUGAUAGAGAGACACAGCUGGAGACCCUGGACCUAGAGACAUCGAAAGGGCGAGUGCCGAUCAUCAAGGUCCCACCCCAGAACCUGGUGAAUGUUACGGGUAGUAGCAUGGUGUUCCUCUGUGAGGUCUUUGCCUUUCCAAUGGCAAUGAUUGAAUGGAAGAAGGAUGGCAGAGACAUUAUUCUUCCAGGAGAUGACCCACACAUAUCUGUCCAGUCUCGGGGUGGUCCCCUGAAGUAUGAGCUCUCUAGCUGGCUGCAGAUCGAGAAAGCUGGCCUGGCCGAUGCUGGCACCUACCGCUGUGUCGCUCGGAACGAGCUCGGCAGUAUCUCUGCAAUGGCUGUGUUAGGAGUUCUAGGUCCAGAAGAGAUGUCCGUCUACUUGACGGAGAACGUGACGGAAAUGUUGGAGUAUGGCCACUCGGAGAGAGAGUAUGAUGAGGAUUACUACUAGUGAUGUCCUCCGUUGUAAAGAAUCAGCCCUCACUAACGGAGGUGCUGAUGGCAUCCUGAAAGUCUUCACAAUUGUUGUAGUGUUGCACACGCAGAUUUUGUACAACUGUUCAGCUUAACCCCAUGUUUUCAUCUCUUUCAUCUGUAGUCAAGAUGGUGAAAGUAGAGAUGUGAUAUAUAACAAAAGCAUAGGUGAAUAUGUGUGGAAGUUGAUUAUGGAAGCGUCUGAUCAUUCCUGAAGUCUAUAUUGUACACUAUAUAGUACUGAAAGCAUAAGGAAUGAAUGUCUCUUCGUUCAAAAGCUGUUCAAACCCAUUUUCCUUGUGACUAUAAGUCUACAUUCCAAAGUGCAGGAAAGUUGUCCUGUUACUGUCUGGUAAAAGGUUUAGCCAUCCCCUCAGGAUGAACCUGGCAUGUGUGCAACCAAUAUGUGCAACUGGAUGUACUCUAUGUGGAAUGUCUAGGUGCAUUGUUGUGUCUCAGAACUGGAAUGUACAUUUAGCUGGUUUAUAGGUUUCUAUCUAUCGCUGUAAUGCUUGGGCAGAUGUGUCAGUAAGCCAAGCCCAGCUCUGGUUAUGGUGGAGGGAAGCCCACAGAUGGUUUUAAUGUUUUUGUGCAGCUCAGACAUGAAGAGAAACACCAUGUCCUUUGUUCUUGUGUCAACAAGGUUCUAUUUCCUUUUAUAAGAGAUUAUGGACUACCUUGGACUUGAUCUAAAUAUAGCAUUCCUACUACAUCUACGCAAAGGAAGCAACAUCAGACUAAGAAUAUUAUGAAUAUAUUAUGAAUAUGAAUAAACAAAUUAUAUUACAAAGAUUUGUUAUAUUAUGCUACUUCUGAAUAUUACAAUAUAUCAAAUCAUCUCAAAGGGGAUAUAUGUUUUUCCAAAUUAUUUAUGCUUUCAUCUGGAUAAAAAAUUAAAUGUAAAAUGUGUACAUUUUGAAGCGGUGAUGGCUUACUACAUACUGUUACUGUUACUGUUACUGUUACUGUUACAUAUUGCAUUCCCAGAAGAAAGAAAUAUGCAAUAAAUGAAAAACAGUAAUCACAAA